AUGGGUCUCUUUUCCAAAGAAGAAAAGGUGGUCGAUCCACCAAACAAAACUAAAAGAAAGAUAUGCUGGGAUGCUAGGGAUAAGUUUUUUGACUGUCUUGCAAACCACAAUAUAGAUAACUCCUUGGACCCCAAGAAGAAGGAUGAGGUCGAAAGCAACUGUGGCACUGAGAGAGCUAUUUUCCAAGAUAGCUGCGUGGCCUCUUGGUAUAAAUACUUUCAAGAGAAACGUUAUAACGAUAUUCGCAGACAAAAGUACAUUGAGCAGCUAGAAGCUGAGGGUGCCCAACCUCUACCAAUUAAGCUAUCGGGAAAAUAA